AUGGCCGCGGCGCACGCCGCAGGCUUCGCGGGCUGGUGGCGGCACUCGCUCAUCGCGCUGGCGGCUUCGGCGGGGACCUGGGCGCUGCUGCAGAGCGGCGCGCAUAGCCGCGUCGUGGCGUGGUUCCGCCUCACGAUGCACAACCUGGACACCAUCAUCGACGAAACGUGGUACUUAUGGUGGAUUGGCGACUGCGAGGUGCUGGACUCGGCCCAGGAGGAUGCCGCCGACAGCGCCCUGGCCGCGGGGGUGAACGUGGUGUACGCGGCAUCCGAGAACGAGUUCCCGGGGCUGCUGACCAGCAUGCUCUCCUUGAGCAGGCACCUGGCGGACCCGCAGGACUGCCGGAUACACCUCAUCCGGGAGGACCAGGCCACCCGGCUGGUGCAGUGCUUCCGGCAGGAGCUGGGGCCCGACAGGCCCGCACCUGAGGUGCGCAUCCUUCGCGCGCGGCCGCUUCCUUUCAACAUGAGCCAGUUCGAGGAGGUGUGGAGCGACAUCUGGCCCAAGGGGGCCGCCUUCUUCACUACCUCAGCUUCACGUCGCUCUACCUGCACGAGUACCUCCCCUCCGAGGCGCGCGCGGUCUGGAUCGAGCCGGACACGAUUGUGCAGGCGGACGUAG